AUGAAGAGUAUUUUUGAAGAAGCUUCAAUGAAAAUAAGAGAAUUUCUUUCUAAUGAUGAAGAAUUCAAUGAAAGAAUACCAGAAUAUGAUCGAAGUACAGCCAACAAAGAAAAUUUUCUCGGUCUCAAAUGGAUUCAUGACAUGGAUGUUAUUCGUGUAACAUUAAAACCAUGGGUUGGAAAGAAAAUAACGAAAAGAACAAUUAUACAAUUCGUUGCUUCGCAAUAUGAUCCAUUGGGUUUCUUAGUUCCUUCGAUGGUACCAUUCAAGUUAUUUAUCCAAUAUCUAUGGAAAGAAAACAAGUCUUGGGACAAAGUUUUAAAUGAAGACGAUGAACAACAAUGGAAUGCAUUAAUUAAAGAAUGGUCAACGAAUGUUAUAGACGUGCCAAAAUUUGCGAUAACAAAUUCACUACAAACGGAAAUCCAUGUAUUUACAGAUGCUUCAAAUGUUGCAUAUUUUACAGCGAUGUAUGUACUUCGUCAAGGAAAUCAAGGAACAAAAUCAAAUUCAUUUUUGAUUUACGCUAAAUUUCGAAUUGCUCUAAUUAAAGGCAUAUCUAUACCCAGACUUGAAUUAUUAUCCAUAUUAAUUGGAAAUUAUACAAAAUUGCUUCCACGAUUUGUACAAAACCGAGUCGAAGAAAUAAGGGAAGCAAAAUUUGCAUUUCGGUAUAUACGAAGUGAACAAAAUCCAGUAGAUAUAGCUACUAAAG